ACUUUCUCUCUCAAGCCUUCUCUCUCGUUUCCCCCUCUCUCUCUCUCUCUUCCAAGCAAAAGCUCCCAUUAUCUUCUCAUCUUCGAUCGUCGCCUUCCAGGGUGAUGAUUGACUACGAUAGCAAUCUUCUCUGUUUGUCAUCAUGCGCGAUGAGACUCGGGGAAGAAAGAGACCCGUCACUCGCAAUGGCUAUGGUAGCAUGGAAAACAUCGGAGAGAAAGACUCAUUCGACCUUCAAAAGGAAUCUGUUGUAGAUCCAGCACAAGCUUUUGUAGAUCCUCCAACACAAGACUCUUUUGAUGAGUUAUUAGCUCUCAUAAUACUUGGGACCUGGAGGACGAGGAAGCGCAGGAAAACAUUUUUUUGUAGAACGAGGAACAUUUCAUUCGCAAUAAGGAAGAUUGUUACUAUUUUUAUGCAUGCUAUGCUCACGAGAAAGAGUUUGGUACUU